GUUUCAUGUGCUCUGCCUACCCCUUUAUGGAAAGCAGGCGUGAUUGUAUGUAUAUUAUAUGUAAUAAAAGGUCCUUCAGUCACACCCAGUACAGCUAAGCUACCGAAGCUCUCUCUACCAAUGUUCAAAGGACAAACGCUGCGGUGGGCAGUAUUUGUGGAUAGGUUUAAGAGCAAUGUACACGGCAAGGUCUUGCCAGACUCAGAGAAAAUGGCUUAUUUAAUAGGAUGCCUGGAAGGAGAGGCUCUCCAAGCAGUAGAAGGCCUUGGUAUUACAGAGCUAAAUUAUAAGGUUGCGCUACAGAUACUAAAGGAGAGAUUUGGGAACCAACAGAAGGUUGUUGAUGCUCAUUAUGAUGCCAUCAACAAUCUAGAAAGGGCAGGUGACAAUGCCACUGAAUGUAGAGCAAAUUAUAACAUAAUCGAAAGGCAUUUGAGGACCCUGCAAAGCCUGGGAGAAUCGAUAGAUGGCAAUCAUCUUCGUUCUACGAUAUUAUCCAAAUUUCCAGAGAAGGUAAUAUAUGAGUUACAUUUGCUAGCUCUGGCAGACAGCACGGGAAAUAUUCGUAGUGGCUUACAGAAAAUUAUUACUGCUAUGGAAAGUGCCAAAGAGAACCCUGUCCCCGGUAGUGUCAGUAAAAUUUCUACAGGAGCGUUACACGUGAACACACAGAGUUCUCAGAAAAAAGGAAAACCACAUCUGAUUUCGCAUAAGAAGGGGUUUAAAAGAAAACUACCAGAUAAUAGGGAGCCCAAAAAUAAGAAACCAAAGAUGGUCUGUAUUUUCUGCGAAGGGCCCCAUUACAAUGCAUCCUGCACGGUGGUUAAGGACAUUAAUGAGAGAAAAAAGAAAUUAGGGAAAAGGCGCUACAUUUGUUUUAAGGAAGGGCAUAGGACAACAACGUGUACCAAAAGGAAGCCCUGUUAUUUCUGCCAAGGAACACACAAUCAAGCACUAUGUCCGAAGAAAACAGACGGCCAUAGUGGAGGUGGGGCAGAAGAACUCAAACAGAAUUAAAACACGAAGACUGAUGCUCGACAAUGGCAGUGGUCGCAGUUAUAUUACCAGGAAGCUUGCAAAGGAACUAGACUUAGUGACAGAUCAAGAAGAUCAACUAGUGGUAUUUGUUUUUGGGGCUGAGGAUCCAGUCAACAUUUCCAGCCCAUCAGCAGACAUCCGAAUCAGAACUAGGAGAGGAAUCACAAGAGAUAUUCGAGUUAAUAUUGUACGUCAUAUAACCAAUUAUCUUGGUCCCCCUAUGAGUAUGGAUGGGAUUGAUGCUGUUGAUGUUAUAGCUGAUGAUGGGUCUGCUAGUGAAGAACCACAAAUACUGAUAGGUGGCGACUAUUGUUACUCAUUUCUCAGGAAGGAAAUGUUCUUGCUGAAGGAUCACCUAUAUUCAAUUAACUCAGAUUUCGGCUGGAUGAUUGCUGGCAAGGUCCGGCAAGAAGAGAAAACGAAUACACUAUUUGUCAUCAUGUACUGCCAAUGUCAAGAAUCAGUAACACCCUAUCUCGUAACACCAGACUUACCCUUCCGGGAACCAGACAUCAAGUUUCUAUGGGCUUUAGAAAGUAUUGGGAUCGUUGACUCUCCCAAGAUAACUAGAGAAGAAGAGGCCAUCAAACACUUUAACGAUACAGUUAAAUAUGAGGACAAGAGAUAUCAGGUGAAAUGACCCUGGAUAACAUACCCACCGGAUUUACCUACCAAUUAUGGUCUUGCUUAUAGGAGACUAUCAAGUUUGAUACACAGAUUAGAACCACAUGCAAUGGAAGAGUAUGAUAGCGUUCUGAGAGAAGAACUAGCUUCAGGAGUUAUAGAAGUUUUAGAUCCUUCGGAAGUCGACUCCAGGACACACCCUGUUCACUAUCUCGCUCAUCAUAUUAUUCUUCAGGAAGGAAAGAAGGGAUGGGUGGUGUAUGAUGGUUCCACUAAACUUAAGAAUAGUAAAAGCCUCAAUGAGUGUAUGUACAGAGGACCUUCGAUGCUUGAGAACCUGACGGCUCUCCUUAUGAGAUUCAGAGUCAAUAAGAUAGGAAUCACAGCGGAUGUGGAGAAAGCUUUCCUUCAGGUUGGAGUGCAACAGGAGAACAGGGAUAUACUAAAACUGAGGCUGGAUGACGCUCUAAUUAAAAGAAAUCAAGACAAGGUAGCCAUAACAAAAAGAGGAAUAUUGAGAACUCUAGCCUCAUCAUAUGAUCCGUGUGGAUUUGCAGCACCUUUAGUUUUACCUGCCAAACUCCUUCUUCAGGAACUAUAGAAAAGGAAAGAAUAAUGGAACACUCAAUUACCAGAGGACUUGGAAGAAGAAUGACAGAAGGCAGUGAAUGCUUUGAAGACUGCUGCUGAAAUAGAAAUUCCUAGACAUGUUGGGCUGUCACCAAAUAGAGCCUACUCAGCCGUAGUAUACCUCAGGAUAGUGAAUAAAAAAGUAAAGAGCACUAAAGUAAUGCUCAUAAUGGCUAAAUCGAGGAUCAACCCGAUAAACCACACAGAAGACCUAGAAAUACCGAAACUAAAAUUACUCAGAUUCGUCAUUGGGAAGCGACUCUUAACUUAUGUCAAGACAACCUUAGAAUAGAACGGACACGUCUAUGUGUUUGGUCAGACAGUGAAAUAAUUUUAUACUGAAUGAAAUCAGAAAAGCUAUUGCCUCCAUUCGUUAGUAGAAGAAUAAACGAAAUCAAACAGGAAAAAGAUAUUGAAUCUAGAUAUGUCAGUACAGAUUUAAACCCUGCAGAUCUAGCAACACGACCGGAACCUUGGCAUGUGAAGAAGGAAUUAUGGUUCAAUGGACCUCAAUUUCUUUUGCUGAGUGAGGAGGCUUGGCCAAAAUUACAAGAACAUGGCCAGUCAGUUCUUUUAGCAGGAACCGACUCGACAAGAGAUACCAUGGAGGUAGAUAUGUCAACUCAUGAAGGAGAAUCCAUCGGAGGAACCAUAGAACAGGAAAAUAUAGAAAGAAUGAUCAUAGAUAUAGAUAAUAUGGAAGACAAGGACCAUAUGCCGGUUUCUGCCACCGGAGUUGAUGGAAACUGCAAAGACAUAAAGAGUUUACAGAAAUUACACUUCCCUCAAGAGGUAGCGGGUAAGAAAACAAGUCUGUCCAGAAAUUUAGGACUAUUUGUGGACAUGGACGGAUUAUUAAGAUGUAAAGGUCGAAUGAUGAACACAAUGUGUUCAUAUGACACCAAAUAUCCGAUACUAAUACCUAAGAACUCUGAAUUUACUGACAACCUGAUUCUGGAGACUCAUCAAAACUACUACCAUGUGGGAGCCCCACAUAUACUGAGCAUUAUCCGACAGAAGUAUUGGAUUCCUCAGGGAAAGGCAAAGGUUCAAAGAAUAAUAAGGAAAUGUCAGCAGUGUAUUAAACAUGGCGGUGGUCCCUACAAACUCCCUCCCACACCAGCUCUGCCAGCAGAACGAGCUAACUACAGUGCUCCUUUCACAUACACAGGAAUUGACUAUUUCGGGCCAAUCUUUGUAAAGGAAAAUGGACAGAUGAAUAAAAGAUGGAUCUGCCUGUAUACUUGCCUAGCAGUACGAGCAAUUCACAUGGAAGUAGUUAAGGAUUUGACUGCAGAGGAAUGUUUACUUGCAAUGAGAAGAUUCAUAUCUACACGGGGAAGACCAGAACUCAUAGUCUCAGAUAAUGCAUUACUGUUUAAAUUAACUGCACAACUAUUAUCAAAUGUAUACUUCAUGGACAAUAAAAUAAGGUGGAAGUUUAUCCCUCAGCUCAGUCCAUGGCAUGGAGGUUUUUAUGAACGACUGAUCGGCGUUGUAAAGAAUUGCAUGAAGAAAACCCUAGGAAAAGGAGUUCUAAACGACACACAGUUGAGUACAGUAGUCAAGGAAAUCGAAGCGAACUGAAGCGAGCGAUUGGCGAACUCACGUCCACUUACAUGCGUUGGUUCUGACAUAGAAUAUGUAUUAAGACCGGCUGAUUUCUUAACCUACGGGAAAUGUAUAGCGAUCGAGCCUUCCAUACAAAAUCCGUAUCCAGGGGGGUCAGUCACGAAAGAAAAUCUAAUAGAAGGAUGGAAAAAGGGCAAAAUGAUCUUAGAAGAAUUUAAGAGAAUGUUCCUAGGACAAUACCUUUGCAGUCUUCGUGAAAGAUAUCAACAUUCACACAAGGAACCUCGGGUUAGAUCUAAUCAAAACCCUCAGAUUGGUGAUAUAGUCCAGAUUAAAGGAGAAUCAAAAAAUAGAGAGAACUGGAAAGUGGGCAAAAUCAUCAGCUUAGAACGAGGAGCCGAUGGAGAGUGUAGGGUUGCAAAGGUUGAUGUGGAAGGAAAGGAAUUUAUAAGAUCAAUAGGUCAUUUGUAUCCGCUAGAGGUCGAAGAGGCUAGGCUAGAUUAUUCUGAAACAGGAGUGAGAAAUCAAGAAAAUCCAGAUGUACAGAAUGUAGAAGAAUCUUUGGAGGAUAUAACUACAGGGGUACAGGAAAUAGAAAGCACACAUCUUGAAAAGGAAGCUACAGGACCAAUGCGACCUGACAUUGCAGAAGAUAAUGAUAGCACACAAGAGACUGUGGGUUUAGAGGACAUACUCACUCCGGUAGAGAGAGGACAAGAAAAUGGUACUGGCGAGAGUGACAAAACAGUGACUGAAGGUAAUAAGACUACAGAGACAGUGGAAACUGUGUCAUAUGGCAAUGAAGAAAGAAGCAGACAAGAGAAAAGAUUGCCCAAUGGACGAGCCAGCUGAUAGCACUGCUAUAGGAACUCCUGGCCGUUUGGGAGUGUCGCGACGAACGCGAUCCUCAACAAAUUAGCAGUAAGGGGAAAGAGACACGUUGCGACCGGACGGACAAGGUUCGUGUGGCGGGAAAAUAGAAAGAAGUAAGUUGAAGGAAGGAGAGAAGACUCGACGUUGAAUCGGUGAGUGUUAGAAAUAUAGAAUCAUAAUUAGAUCAGAGAGAUGAAGGGAUAACGUAAGAAUGACGGAUUAGAAUAGAAACAGCCAAGAAUAUGCCAAAUGGUUGUGAGUGGACAGGGUCGGGCUAUAAGGGGAGUUGUGGAGGCCCGCGGCGGAGAAAGAAUCUCCGCCAAACAAUCAGAAUAGAAACUAGGAAGAAUGUUUAUGAUUUAGAAUCUAGAAAAGAAUAUACUUAUGGAAAUCACUU